AUGACGAAGACGUCGAUGUCAAAUCUUCCCAAUGAAUUAGUAGAGGAGAUUCUCUCUAGGGUUCCCUUGAAACCCGUGAGAUUAACUUGCAGAAAUUGGAACGGCUUAUGCAAAAGCCAGAGCUUUAGGAUGUUGCACAUUGGUAGAUUAUCAGCCGCAAUGAAGGAAGGUGAGACUCAGAUGAUCGCGAUGAUCGGUGACUCUAGGUUUCUAGUUUGGAAUCCUUAUUUAGGGCAAACAAGGUGGAUCAAACCAAGAAUUUCUCAUAGCUCGUUCAGUUACGCUCUCGGGUACGAGGAUAAGAAGAAGGGCAAAUCUUGUCGUAGCGUCAAACUCUUGAGGUAUAAAGAUUGUUACGACUAUAAUGAACCCCAGAACGAUUUUUUUUGGUAUGAAAUAUACGAUUUUGACUCUGAUUUGUGGACAACACUUGAUGUCGUCACUCCAACAUGCUUUAAAACGUCUUGGGGCCACGUUUCUAUCAAAGGAAACACUUAUUGGUGUGCCGAAGAAAGAAACUCACACGCAGAAGGCAUAAUAUGUUUUGAUUUUACAAGAGAGAGAUAUGGCCCUCUCUUGCCUCUGCCGUUUAGUGCUGAUCCUGGUGACUAUGUGAGUCUAUCUUGUGUUAGAGAAGAGAAGCUUGCGGUUUUACUUCAGCACAACGAAAGUAAUCCAUAUGAGCUUGACAUAUGGAUUACGACUAAGAUUGAGGCCCAAAAGGUGUCGUGGAGCAAGUUCUUGAGAAUGGAUAUGGGACCUGACUAUGACAUGUUUGUUCCAUUGAUACAAAUACAUGGAAGUUUCUUUAUUGACGAGGAGAAGAAAGUUGCCAUGGGUGUUAAUGAAGAAAAUCCCCUAAAAUUUGUCAUCAUUGGAGAGGCUAAAUACGUUAGAGAAUUGGAUCUACUCGAAGACCCGAAUCCUGUGGACCCAAAGCAGAAGCCACGUUUGUGCUCUUAUGUUCCGAGUUUACAGCAAAUCAGGGAACCUGCGGGAGGAGAAGGAAAGAGAUCUAGGCGAGAAAGCAACUUAGAGAAGCGUCGAUAUGAUGAAAACAGGUCGAGACUUGCCGCAUUUAGAGAGCGAGCACGCAUCAGAGAGAAAAACAGGAUGAUUAGACUCAGAUCAAUGUUAGGUAACAAUGCGUAA